UCCUGAGGACUGGAAGGAGGACCCUGACCCCGCGAAAACCCCAGACGCUGAGCGAGUUGGUUGAUUAUUAUUGUUGGGCCCAGACUCCAGACUCCAGAUCCCGACCCCCGAGUGAUCUCCAUCCCAAUUGCGUAUGGCAUCAUCGGCUGGUGGCGAUUUAAAGCCAAUCCUAGCGGGCCGACCGAGUCGGGUGGAGCUGGGCUAAUCAGCUGAAGCCUGAAGGUCCUGGCCAGGCACAUGGACAACAACACUUGCCUGACCAUCCCAAUCCCAUCCUCCUCGUCCGACGCGACCGUGCAGAAUGGAUGGAGCAGGAGAGAGCGAGUCGGGGCCGGUGACGGCGAAGUUGCGCGCUUCUCGCCGCCGCCCGCCGCGCGCCUCCCGAGCGUGCGAGACUUGUCGAGUCCGCAAGACGAAGUGCGACCAAGCUCAACCGUGUUCCUAUUGCGCCUAUCAUUCCCUCGAUUGCUUCUAUCGUGCUGCAGGUCCGAAUGAGAACUCGUCCGCUGCAAAGAGGCAGGCGCAGAUCCGCGAGGCUCAGAGGAACAGACCGAAAACCCGUCCAUCGCCAUGGCCAGAUGUGUCCCAGCACGGUGAAUCGCCCGACCAUUUUGCCCGGGAGGCAUCUCGUUUCCCCCGAAGCGCAGGCAUCAAUAUUAGCUCGCCCAGUGUCUUCACCCCGAAGCGGGAUGAUGACAGCAUUGCCGCAGCCACGCCCGAGCUAUGCGACUCCGCGUCCAGGGACGGCCUGAGUGGGGUGAAUCUGCAUACAAACGGAACGGAGUUUUACGGGACUUCCUCGAACCUCGCCUUCCUCGGGAACUUGUAUGCCCGGGCUCGCAACCAGGCUGAGACCAAGGCCUUGACGAUACCCGACCAUGAACCGGCCUUCCCUCCGAACGGGGGUCCGAACCCAGCGCUCAACUCGUUGCCGCCAGAGAAGACGGCCUUUCAUCAGUUGACGCCAAACUCCCCCGCGGACAGGCAGUCCGACAGCACGCAAACGAACAAGGCACAGCUGUCCAUUGUGAACCUCCUGUAUAACCCCAAGUACCCGAGUCACUCCCCGCCUCAGGUCGACGGCAGAGUUGAAGACGAUCGGCAGGGAAGGGCAACGGACGCCGAGGGGCCCAGAGAACACGCCCAUGAUUUUGCAGAUCACCGUCAUGAGAUGUCUCCACUGAUCGACAAACUUUCGGACGAGGCGCAGCUUGGAAUCGAGAAGAUGUUUAUCAGCAGCUAUUUCUCCAACAAACACUAUAUCCAUCCGAUGCUGUGCAAAAACAGCUUCAUGCAGCGCUGUGAGCAUGAAGCGUUUGGCUUCUCGCGACGGCCUGGCUUCUACCGCGGCGUAUCGAAAUUCUCGGGGCUGUAUUUUGCCGUGGUGGCCUUGGGGGCCAUCAAUGCCAGCCCGCACGAGACGGCUCUUCUGGACCAUUACUGCAAUUAUCUUCCUCGGCCAGUGAAAUCGGGUGCUAGGGACAGACCCUCGUCGUUGGACUUUGCCGAUUACUACUUUGGCAAAGCAAAACAAGCGUUGGGAGAUCUGUUUGAGAGCUGUAGCCUGGAAAGCGCGCAAGCUCUGUUGCUCUUGAGCGUCUUCUGCCAAAACGCGUUGCGGCCGCAUAGCUGCUUCAUGUACAGUGGCAUGGCUGUCAGAACAGCGGUGGCCAUAGGGCUGGCAUCCGGGAUGUCGUCCCUGUCGCCCAAUACACGACGAGAAGGCAGACGGACCUGGUGGUGCAUAUAUUCCCACGAAGUCGAGAUGUGCUGUUCCUCCGGCCGAUUAGACAGCAUGAAGGAUCUUCACUACUACCAUGUGCCGUUGCCAACCUUGAGGGCUAUGCCCGGAAAGAUACUCGAUCCUGACGCAGAGGACGAUCAUGUCGGCAUGAUCCCCGCGAUGGUAGCCCUGGCACAGAUCAUGUCCGAGGCAUCUCAUCUUCUGUAUCACUCCCCGAAGCGUUCAAUGGGUGAGAUGUCUCAGAUUGCCAUGAACCUAGACAAUAAGUUACUGGCAUGGAAAACGACGCUGCCGCAUUUCUUGCACAUAGAUGCUGCCUCGCUCAACGACACCGAGUGGGCUUUCAAACAGAAACUGGUGUUACGGCUACGGUUCUAUAAUACACGAAUCCUCAUCCAUCGCCCAUUCCUCGCCGCAUCGGCGUCUAGCACCGAGUCAUCGAGCCGACUACAACACCUCCACACCUGUCUCGAUGCCGCGAGAACCAGCAUUCAGAUGCAGUAUGAAUCCUUCCUGCACCGGAUCUACAUACGGACCUGGUGGUACAACACCACAUACGCACUAUACGGCGCCAUGAUCCUGCUCCACCUCGUCCUCUCCGGCUUCCCGAGCAUCCGCGACGACGACCUUCUAAUAGACGUCGAAAAAAGCCUAGACAUAUUCGAGUCCAUGAACAACAUCGUAGUCGCCCGCCGCUGCGCAGAGAUGAUCCGCGAGGUCCUCGAAGUUGCGCGCGCCUGCGUGGUCCGACGCCGUUGCAUCACCUCCGCGCCGACGACAUCCACGCUGGCCGCCGAGUCCAGCACCCCGUUCGGGCUGGAGGCCACGGACCCAGCAGCCGCGAGCCACAACACCAGCCGAGACAUCCCCGGCAUGGUUCCUUCGGGCGUUGAUAGCGAUUUCUUCUUCUCUCUGUUCAACCAGGAUUCCCAGCCCGACACCCGCGCCGAGAUCCUGGCCAAUCUGGUGGACCCGACUAUCCUGGAGGACUUUGCCUUUGGGAAUGGGGCGAGUGACUUUUCGUUCUUUUUGGGCUCUUGAUUUGGAAUUUCAGGCGUAGUUUGACUCUAGCCGUGAUCUUUAUGAAGCCGCUCUUUUUUUUUUUUUUU